AUGGAGGCGUGGCGGCAGUGCGCCCGUUGGCUGGUGGCGGCGCGGGUGCUGCCCGCGGGGCACCGGGCGAGCAGCCCUGGGGGGCAGGUGUGGGACCUGGCGCAGGCGCUGCGGGACGGGGUGCUGCUCUGCCACCUCCUCAACGCCCUCCUGCCCCGUGCCGUGCCCCCCCGGGACAUCUGUCCCCGUCCCCAGAUGUCACAGUUCCUGUGCCUGAGGAACAUCCGCACCUUCCUAACCGCCUGCGCCGACAAGUUCGGCCUCCCGAAGCACCGGCUCUUCGGCGCCUUCGACCUCUUCGACGUCCGAGACUUCGGCAAGGUGAUUGACACCCUCUCCACGCUCUCCUGGACACCCAUCGCCCAAAGCAAAGGCUUCACGCCCUUCCCUACUGAGGACUGCGUUGGGGACGAUGACAUCUACAGCGGCCUCUCUGACCUCAUCGACGACACGGCGGAGGAGGACGAUGACCUCUACGACUGCGUCGAAGCCGAAGGGGAUGACGGCGAUGACAUCUACGAGGACCUGAUGCGGGUGGAACCCCCCCCGGCUAUGGUGGAGGUGGACCGGAGGCUCUGCUGCCUCCAGGAGUUGAGACAGACGGAGGAGAGGUACACCGAGACCCUCGAGUCCAUCUGCCAGCACUUCCUGCGGCCGCUGCGGCACUUCCUGCAGCCCCAAGACCUCGAGAGCAUCUUCAUCAACAUCGAGGAGCUGCUGCAGCUGCACCGGCUCUUCCUGGGGGAGCUGCAGGGGGCACUGGGGGGGGGCACGGGGGGGCACGGGCUGCCCCCCCUCUUCCUCGCCUACAAGGAGAGGUUCCUGCUCUACGGCCGCUACUGCAGCCAGGUGGAAUCGGCCGCCCGGCGCCUCGACCAGCUCGCGACCAGCACCGACCUCCGCAUGAAGCUGCAGGAGUGCUCCCAACGAGCCAACAAUGGGCGCUUCUCCCUGCGGGACCUCCUGAUGGUGCCGAUGCAGCGGGUGCUCAAGUACCACCUCUUGCUCCAGGAGCUGGUGAAGCUGACCCCGGAGCCAACCGAGAGGGAGAGGCUGCGGGUGGCCCUGGAUGCCAUGAGGGACCUGGCGCAGUGCGUGAACGAGGUCAAACGGGACAACGAGACCCUGAAACAGCUCACGAGUGUCCAGCUCUGCCUUCACAACAUGCCACAGUCCCUGGCACAGUUCGGGCGCCCCAAAAUCGACGGAGAGCUGAAGGUCUCCAGCACCGAGCGGCGCUCCAAGGUGGACAGGUACGGCUUCCUCCUGGACAAGGCCCUGAUCAUCUGCAAGCGCCGUGGGGACUCCUAUGAGGCCAAAGACGUUGUGGACCUGCAGAGCCACCAACUGCGGGAUGGUGGCCUCGGUCCCCGUGACGGCAAGAAGUGGACCCACACCUUCCUGCUCAUCGACACGGCUGGACUGCAGGGCUACGAGCUCUUCUUCAAGACCCGUGAGCUGAAGAAGAAGUGGCUGGAGCAGUUCGAGAUGGCCCUCUCCAACAUCUUCCCUGAGCACGCCCUGGCUGACGGGCAUGACUUCCAGAUGUUCUCCUUUGAGGACACCACGUCCUGCAGGGCCUGCCAGAUGUUGCUGAGGGGCACGUUCUACCAGGGGUACCGCUGCAGCCGGUGCCGGGCACCCGCGCACAAGGAGUGUCUGGGGCGGCUGGGGACCUGCGGCAGGGAUCCGGGCUCUGGCACGAGGAAGAACAAGUCGCAGCGGCCGGGCCCCGAGAAGAAGCGGGGAGACCUGGGGCUGCCCAAGAUGGAGGCGAACCAGCACUAUGGCGGCAUCCCGCCGCCGCCGGGGGCCCUGGGUCCCACCCUGCGCCUCAGCCCCGGGGACGUCGUGGAGGUGACCAUGGCCGAGGCUGAGCAGCUCUGGUGGCAGGGCAGGAACGUGGCCAACGGUGACCUGGGCUGGUUCCCUUGCGCCGCCGUGAGACCCUUCAUCUGCGUGCCGCUGCCGGAUCUCUCCGUCUACCCCUGGUACGCUGGCCCCAUGGAACGGGGGGAAGCCGAGCAGCUCCUGAUGCCCCGCUCCGACGGCGCUUUCCUGGUGCGACAGCGGGUGAAGGACGCCGGCGAAUUCGCCAUCAGCAUCAAGUACCGCGGGGAGGUGAAGCACAUCAAGGUGAUGACGGCAGAGGGGCUCUACCGCGUCACCGAGAAGAAGGCGUUCAAGGGGCUGGUGGAGUUGGUGGAGUUCUACCAGCGCAGCUCGCUCAAGGAUUGCUUCAAAGCUCUUGACACGGCGCUGGUGGUGCCCUUCAAGGAGCCCGAGAACCGGGCUGCACCCCGGCCACCCGGAGCCGUGCGCAGCUUUGGUUCAGCCAAAGCCCGCUAUGACUUCUGCGCCCGAGACCGGACGGAGCUGACGCUGCGAGAGGGCGACAUCAUCCGUGUCCUCAGCAAGAAGGGCCACCCAGGCUGGUGGAAAGGAGAGAUCUACGGGCGGGUUGGAUGGUUCCCCGCAAACUACGUGGAGGAAGAUUACUCGGAGUAUUGCUGA